AUGGUUACACCGAUACCGCUCGUAUAUCGCCUCUUCUUCCUCUAUAUCGAACCUCUCUCGGCUCUUGCAGGGGCGUACUAUGCUGCCUUCCAGCCCCAAAACUACCUGAACGACCUCUCCUUUGGGUUGCCGUAUACCCACUCCCCAAACCCGACGCAGACAAGCAUGGCCCUCCUCCAGCUUGCGAACCUGUAUCUCCUGUUUGCCUUAAACGAACACUUCGUCCUUUCCUCGACGUCAUCGAUCCGUACUUGGCGUCGCCUGCUCAUUGGGCUGCUCGUUGCCGACUUUGGGCACCUGGCCACGAUGGCCCCUGUUGGUUGGGAGGUGUUUUGGCGCUUCUGGGACUGGAACGCGAUGAUGUGGGGGAGUGUGGGCUUUGUGUAUCUGGGAGCGAGCAUGAGGACGUGCUUUCUUCUCGGAGUUGGUCUCGGGAGAACGGAGGAUGAGAAGAAGGAGUAA